AUGACUGCAAAAACUAGUCUUACUGAAGAGCAAUCAGAAGAACUAACCAAAGAAUGUUCUAUAGACACAAUAGAAUUUAAUAUUCAAGAAAGCCAUCCAAUUGAUGUACCUGUUGCCACUUUGGGAUUUGCAGGCACAGUGGAAGAGCCUAAUCCAACAAUUAUAUUAAGUAUUAAUGUUUUAAAUCUACCCGGAGCAUUGAGAUUAGUGGGGAGAGACUUGUACUUGGUAUACUCAUUAGUGGACACUUCAGUACCUGCUUUAAUAGUUUCAGUGAUUUGUAAAUUAUAUAUCGAUCCUACAAGUUCAACUGUAGCAAAUGUGAACAUAAUAGUCAAAGAUGAGAAUCUAAAUGCACCUGAGUUCCAGAAUGAGCCGUACGAAGUGUCAAUAUCUGAGUUAACUCCGAUUACAACCGCAGUGUUUGAUGGGAUUACUGCCGUUGAUAGCGACUCCGGAAGCAAUGGGGAUAUUAGUUAUAGCAUUAUACCAAAUCCUGAGGAUCCAGAGGCGCAGAACUACUUUGGAAUAAGCGUUGUAUCAACAGGAGAUAUCUACCUAAAACAACCCCUUGAUUUUGAGACAAAGCGUGUUUGGAAGGUCAAAGUUGAAGCAGUGGAUGGAGGUGAUGUACCACAAAGUGCUACAGCAAUAGUAACAAUAAAUGUUUUGAAUGGGGAUGAUAUUCCACCGUAUUUCUUAUGUUACAAGAACGAUGAUCGCUGCACCACUGUCUGGUAUUACACAACUGUCAUUGAAGAAACGACAUACAAUUCAUCGUUGGAUAUUUUACCGGGACCUGUGAAGGCGGUAGAUGGUGACGUAAACAUCACUGAUUCAGACCCUAUAGUUUAUUCCAUUAUAUCAGGGUAUACACCAGGCUAUGAAGAUUACAUCGCCAUCAAUGCUAGUACAGGUGAUGUUUAUCUACUGCAACCAGUCAAUUAUGAAUCUCAUCAAUUUUUUGGCCUAAAACUCAAGGCUACCCAAGGAGCCUUUGAUACCAUCGCUUUACUAAAUGUGAGUGUUACCGAUAUGAAUGAGUUCCCGCCGACACUCCUUCAGACAUCAUUGGUUGGCUAUGUCUCUGAGAAUUCUGUGGAGGGUAUAGUUGUAGCCAGCAAUGAGCAGGGAACCGCUCAACUAGAGAUCUAUGCAGAAGACAAAGAUGUUCCUCUGAACGGGGAAGGCGAUUUAGUGUAUAUCACAAAUGAUACAAGUGGUGUGUUCCAGGUCAUUCCAUCAUUUGACACGUUGUCUUCAAAGAUCGUUGUUAGCGGACAUAUCGAUAGAGAGAUGAAAGACGUGUAUCAAUUCUCAUUGUUUGUGAGGGAAAACCAGACAAAUGAGGAGUACAGUAGUGAUCCUAUCUUGAUAACCAUCCUUGUUCUUGACAUAAAUGAUGAAGCACCAAAAUUCCAGCCAAAUGCAUACAGCAAUGGCCUCAAUGGUUACAAGGUGUCACUUAGGGAAAAUUCCCCACCUGGAUACAUUUUCUUCCAGGUCAUGGCAAUUGACCCAGAUCUUGGACAGAAUGGAGAGUUUGAAUUUAGCAUACAAAGUGUCACCAAUAAUGGCUACUCCAAGUUUUCUGUUGAACAAGAAACUGAAACAGCAUUUUUAAAGUAUGUUGGGGGAAUGCUCAUUGCACGGGAAACAUACGUUGUCAACUUAGCAGCAACGGAUAAAGGAGACCGUAAUACUCAGACAUCUGUUGCCAGUAUUGAAGUUGACAUUCUGCCAACCAAUGACACUCACCCCCCUGAAUUUGGAAGGCAGCUUUAUACUGCAUCUGUCACUGAGGAGGCAUCAGUGGGAACGCUUGUCACCACACUUAUUGCUGUGGAUGAAGAUGGUGACACUGUGAUGUAUGAGAUUAUCAGUGGUAAUGAAGACAAUGCCUUCAUCAUUGAACCUCUCAGUGGCAAACUGAAGGUGAACUCUGGCCUUGAUAGGGAAACUUUAGAUUCAUAUUUACUUACAGUUCAAGCGACAGAUGGCACUCUGAUGGAUACAACCGAUGUACAGGUCAUAGUUCAAGAUUCAAAUGAUAACAAUCCAAUAUUCAACUCCUCACAUCUGGCAUUCACAGUACCUGAAGGCAUCAGUGGAGAAAUCGUGGGACAAGUCCAGGCAUACGAUCUUGAUGAACCUGGCACCAUCAACUCUCAAGUUGAGUUCACCCUUAUCUCGGAUGCCUUCACUAUUGAUCCUGUAACUGGCGUGAUCACUACCUCGGAAGCCCUAGACCGUGAAACUCAAGCCCAGUAUAUGAUCACGGUCACUGCUCAGGACAAGGCCGCAAACCCACGAAGCACGACAAUAAUAGUGACCAUUACUGUGUUAGAUGUCAACGAUAAUGGGCCGACGUUUGAAAAGUCUACUUACACUGUAAUGGUAAUGGAGAACUCGCCCAUCACUGAUGUAGUAACUGUAAAGGCAACUGAUUCUGAUAUCGAAACAAACAUAAGGUACAUGAUCGUCAGUGGCGAUACAAACAUCUUUGCCCUUGAUUCCACAUCGGGAGACCUGUCCGUCCUGGCACCGCUAGACUACGAGGAGCAAAAAAUGUACACGUUAACAAUCUCCGCAACAGAUAUUGACCAGCAGGACGCUAAUCUUGUGGCAAUGACUACAGUAGUAGUACAAGUACAGAACCAGAAUGACAACGUACCACAGUUUCAAAAACCUUUCUACCGAGGUUCUGUUCCAGAAUAUGCUGAUCUCGGCACAGUUGUCAUUGACAAUGUCAUAGCAACCGAUGCAGACAUAGGAGAGUUUGGUCAGCUCACCUACGCUUUUUAUCCAGAAAGUGAUUGGUUCAUUAUCAAUGAAAACAAGAUUUUAACAAAGACUGGACUCACAAAGACGACACAGGAUGACUUUAACUUAACCAUCAUUGCUGAAGAUAUGGGGGAACUGCCGCUUAAUGGAACAGCUUCAAUAUUUAUACAAAUUGUGGACAGAGGGGUAACAUUCUAUGAAGUGCCUACAUUUACAGAACCAGAAUAUAGUGCAAACAUUACUGAAAACUCGGAAGUAAAUACAACGGUAGCCACCGUACAAGCUCUUGCAAACCAAGGAGAAAUUGUUACAUAUGAAAUUAUAGAUGGCAAUGAGAAUGGAUUUUUUUGGAUCCGUUCGGCAAACAAUAUAGGGACUAUCCUGACGAGGACCAUUCUUGAUCGAGAAUCAACACCCGAGUUCAUUCUCACCAUUCAAGCGAGUGUUACAAACAGUUUAGGAGGUUCCGUUGAUACAAGCGGAGGGAGGAAACGUAGGGCUGAAGAUCCAAGUAUCACCAUUAUUGUGAUAACUGUUGGAGAUAUUAAUGAUAACCCACCAAUUUUUACACAAUCGCUCUAUGUGGUUGGUGUUUCUGAGAGAGCUAGCGCCGGUACUGCUGUCGUAACUGUACAGGCUAAUGAUCCAGAUACUGAAGAUAAUAUUAUCACAUACACUUUACAACCAUAUUUAAGUGGGUCGCAGAAGGGGUUAGAUGUGUUUGAGAUUGAUAGUAGAAGCGGACGCAUCACAAAUCUUGAGAAAUUCACCAGCAACAGUCAAACUUACAAAUUCACUGUUCUUGCCACCGUUGAAACGGAGGAAUUUGCAGAAGCAUCGUGUAAAGUCUUUAUUGCUAUCAUCGCAGAGGAGCAUCGGACUGUGUUAGUUCUUACUGCAGCCUAUGAUGAUGCUUUAAUUAAUGAAAUACACAAUGAGAAUCAACUAGAAAAUGUUCUAAAUGCAGAGGUUGAGAUAUAUGAUAUCAGAUCAAACAGUGACCCAAUAUAUACCGAUAAUUACUUCUAUGCAAUCAGGCGUGAUACCGGGGUACCGCUAACGUCAGAGGAAAUACAAGAAUUGAUCGAUGGCAACACCGAUGUACUUUCUAACCAGAUCCUUCCUGAGGGUGCUUAUUACCUGGUCCAGGCAGAACCUGUCAUACAAGAGGAUGAACCGUGGAAGUUGGAGUACAUAUUGAUUAUUAUCUUUGCUGGCCUUCUCUUUAUGUUCACAUUCCUUGCGAUUAUUGUCGUCUAUGUCUCCUGGAAAAAAGCAUCUAAAGACAGGCGACAAAUGGAGCGGGAAAAACAAGCCAGGAUGUAUGUUCCAAUGUACACAAACUUAACAGCCAUCAACGACCCAAAUGCUACAGAAAUGGAUCUUAUUCGCAUUUCCGAACUUUCCAGUGAUGUCCAUCUCAGGAGAUCUAAUCCGGUAUAUUUCGAUGACCAGUCCGUUCAAGCAAGUGAGCAGUUAUUCCCCAAUGGAGCACCAACAUUUCUAAAUGCAAGAUCAAAUCAUGUUCAACGUUCUCAAGUGGAAGUGUAUGAUAAUCCGGCGUGUACGAUAGAAAAUGGGGAAGUCCACCCUCCCCAGAGAGAAGAAACGGAGUCAGAACAAGCUGAACCAGGCAGUGGACCUCCAAGUUACACAAGUGAGGAGCAGCCAACACAACUUGCAUCCCCAUCCCAUCAUUAUACAUCAAUAUCUGAAACCCCAGACUUCAUCGAUGCCGACACUCUUCCAAAGAAAGAGCCUUUACUCUAUGAUUCUCCACAGGGUGAUGGUUACUCAUCAUCCCCAGAGGGUCAUAACAUUUUAUCAACACCCCCUCCCCAAAGUCCCCCUAGUCCUGCUACUCCUCCACCUAUGGCUACUCCAGUAUCUCUGCAGGGGGUGUAUAUUACCCCAGCAAAAGAUGUCACACGAUAUGAUCCUCCAACAAUGUCCAGUUUUCAGCCUAUUGAUCAAGAACUCCCUCCACCACCACCGCCACCAGUAUCACCACCCGUAUCACCACCCCCACAGAAUAAUAUUCCUCCCCCAAUUGAUUUUCCCCCACCCCCUGAGUAUCCACCACCCCCUGAGAACUACAGAGAGGAUGAUGAAGAAUCAAGUUACGGAAAACCAAGUAUUAGUUCUUGUACGGAAAGUGAAGAGAAGCAUCAGGACAACAUAAACGAAUUACCUUAUCGGAUGAUGAAGCCACCUGUCCCGUUUGACCAACCAUCCGAAGGUGAUGUUGUUACUCCGUACGGAUCAUGGAAUCUGAAAAACCUCAAAUUGAAUCACAUCGAAAGGAGAGACCAAGAUAGAACGACGAUAAUUGCAACUUACAAAGUAAAUCGCACAGAAUCUGCUAAAUCAAAUGGACAGCAAACGACUGAUGCAACGUCGGUGGGAGAUUCAGGAGUAAACAGCGAGCAUGGCUCUCCAUCGUCGCAUUCACCACAAGAGGGCAAUGUUAGUUCAAAUGAUGUGGACUCUGUUGUGAGGAGAGAUGAUUGGGGAUUAGACAAUAUACAGAUAACAGCACUUUGAUAUGAGUAUCAGAAUUUCCAACCUCUGGAACUCAAAAUUCGGGAAGACAAUGGACGUGCCCUGGUGAAGUGUGCCCCCAUCCACCCCCAGGAAUAUUGAAAAGUUUUUUUCAUACAUGCAUUCUGAUCUGUCGAGGUUUUAGCAACUCGCAAAGGAAUUGACACAGAAAUACUCUAUUAUUGGUACGGAUCUAGUUUUAGCUAUUUUUGGGUUGCCUUCUGAAAAUUCGGGAGUCCUGAUUGAAUCAGGAAGGUUGGAACAUAUGGAGGAUUUAUAAACAGCUGAAAUAAAAGAAUAAGGACAAUAAAAUAUACAGUACAAUAAUAAAAUAUGGUGACACUUAAUUCUUUUUAACUAAACACAAUCAUCUACGAAACUGUAAAGAUAAAGUUGCAUGAAGGUAAUAAAUAAUUUUCUGUUUUGUUGUUGCUGGUCAAUUUAUAGUCAUUAUUUUACAAUAACAAGUUUGAGGUUAUUUUUUUAAACUACAUAAAAACAAUGGUAUAUCUAUUUCAAAAGAGAAAAAUGAUAACAUUUUGAAUAUAGGAACAUAUGAUUUCUUUAAUUAUUAUUUUCUUAUUUGAUUGUUUAUUUGUAUAUCAGCCCUAUUGGAAAAGUGCAAUUAUAUGUUAUACAUCCAGUAAUAUGGUAUAAUUAUUUGGUGAAACAUGUUAAUAGGUAUUUUGAUUUUCCAUCCAUUUUCCAAUUAGAUAAAUGAAUGUUCAAUGAUUGGUAUUGUUUGGAUACUAAUUAAGUGUUAAAUUAAAUUUUCCUAAUAAACAUUUUAUAUACAUUUCUUAUGAAAUCAUACAAUAUGAAUAAAUGACAUUACAUUCCAAUUGUAGAGUUUAGUAAUGGGAGAAAUGUCUAGCACACAAAAUAUGGAUUGGGGGAAAUAUGGUUUUAGAGGUUUGGUCAUUUCAAUAAAUUAUAAUGUACAUGCUUUAAAAUAAGCUAUCAAUAUUCUUUUAAUCAGUCGCAUAUUUUACAUAAAUAUAUAUUUAAAUACAUAUUUAAUAAUGUUAUUUAUGAUGAUUUAUGUUAUUUAUUUCAAUUUGAUAACUACUGUUAUUCUUUUAAAUAAUUGUUAUACACACUGAAAUAAUAAAACUCAACAAUUAGAAAUGUUUAUAAUCACAAGAAUACAUUUUAAUUUUUUUUAAAUUGCCUUUAUGUACAGUACAUAUUUUCAGUUAACAUUAAAAUAUUAUGAUGAUUAGCAAGUUUAUUUUUGGGUCGGUUGGGUUUUCGCCUUACAGGCAUAACGUCAACUCAUGGAACCUGCAGUGGCCUUUGUGAGAUUGUUAAUAUUAUUUCACGAUUUAUUUUAAAAUGAUAAUGAAAAUCCAGAAUAACAAACAAGCACAAAAACUAAAUACAAUACAGUGCCUAGAGAAAAUUGCUAACACAUUUUCAUUCAAGAACUUAUAAAACAGUAUUUUGCUUUUAGUUAGUGCCUUUCAUAGUCACUGGCAUGGGGAGUCAAAGUUUUCUUUUUUGAAAGCAUAGAGUAGGCUUGUAGAAUUAGCGUAAGCAUAGCCUCUUGAUAAAACUUACGCCUCGGCGUAAGCAUAGACACUGCAUUUAAUUAAAGGUAAAUAAUUAUUGUAUCAUGUUUCUACAAAAGAGUUAUGUUGUUGCCUAUGCAUUGAUGUUGCCCUGGAGUGGCACCUGCAUUUGCACUACGUGGGUUGGGGUAAGAUUCCAAUGUCCCCGACAAGAGCCAAGUGGGCGUGGCUGGGCAUUGCUCGAAAUCUUUCAGAAGUGGUCUACCAGAGAGGGAGGAAUCCCCCAAAAUUGAUGGCAAUUUAGGGGGAUUUUAAAGGCUUAUUUGAUCGAUUUUAGAGUCUUAAUAUGUUAAAAAGUACAGUACUCCUGUUCUCCUGCUGGUGCCACCCUUAUUAUUGACUAAUAUUUUCUUCUUUUUUUUUUUUUUUGAGUCAAAUAUAAAAUAGGGAACUUUCGAUUUGUGCGACGACGCAACGCUAGAACGGAAUCACUCGUGCGAGACCUACCUGGCGUCCUACGUUCACUGUAUACGUAGAUUUGGCCAAAUUGCGUUCCAGAAUCUGCUCGACGAGGUGACCUUAACGUUUUCGCAUGCGCAGAUGACUUUUAUUGACAUCAUUACGUUCUACCGUCGUCGUGCAAUUGAAAACGCAUACGGCGCCCUCGAUCGAGCACAACACCCUGGGCAGUAUGUGGAAUUCAUCCAAUGAUUUUUAUUUGGCUGUACAACAGCAGUAAGAAAGGCCUAUCUAAAUACUAUUUAUAAUGAUCUUCGGAGAAGCGUUUAAAGUGUUUCACAAUAUUAAAGUGUAUGCAUCUUUAUAUAAUGUAAAUCAGUGCUGUAAAUAUAAAAUUGAAAAAUAUAUAUAUUGAUAAAUUUUGGACAACAGUUGUGACAUUUUGUAACUUUAUCUGAACAUCUGAUAGAAUGGUUUGUUUGAUCUUUUCAUUUUAUCUUCAUCACAUUAUAUCCUAAGCCUGUACAUGUAAAUGCAAUUUGAAAACCUAAAUAUAAGAUAUUUAAUAAAAAGAGUCUAUAUUUUCAAUUUUAAGGGGGAAUUUCUGCUCUCUGUUUUAGUAAAUUUGUAUUGUUGGUAUCACGGAUUGAUAGUUGGUCGUAUACUUAGUUUCUGCAAGUUUGGGUAUUUUUCAAUAACAAAUGUUUAAACGAAUUUUACAGUUUUCAAUAAGCAAUUUAACAUGAACAUUUUCUUGUCAUUGUAAAGUUACUUGCAGAUUCAGAGUGUAAAUUAAUGAGCCAAAUGACAUUGUAGAUAAAGUUUUAGUGUAGUGUAUUUAUUAUUAUUUAUUCAUUUAUGUUACUACGAGAAAAAGAGUUGUUCAGAAGUUUUCUUGACAGAUGUUAAAAAUUAAGAAUAAUUAAUAAGCAGGACAACAAAAUCAUCCCACCAAAUAGGACAAUAAUUAAGAUUGAAAUACAUACAUUUUGAUUUCAUGUUUAAAUGUUUACCCAUGGUGAAGCUUGGUUUCCAUACAAUCGCUACCCGCUAUCCCACAGCUUUUGGUGAUGUUGAUUGGUUGGUGGUAUCGGGAGCCUUCCCGAUUACCGCGUCGGGGACUGCAACGCUAGUGCAAUGAUUGCAGUUAAAAAAAAAAAAAAAAAACUGAAGCGAUAGUGUGGCGAUUUUAGGCAAACUAGACUUAACAUUUUGCUUUGUGAAUGGGAAAUGUUUACUCCUUUCAGAAGCAAAAUUGUAGUUAUUUGAUUUUGUUUCAUUAAAAGUAUAUACAGUACGCCUGUAUUAGUGUAAA